AUGUCCACCCUAAAUACAGAUCUUGAGCAGUCUGCUUCCGUGGGCAACGGUAACAAGAAAUGCAGCGCGCUAAGUCUUGUGGAUGAGAAGCCCUGCAAGGCACUUGCAACAUCAUCUAACGGCUUGUUUUGUGCGUUUCACUCCAGGCAGUGUCGUGGUCUUUAUAUGGGCUACAAAAAUAGGAAUGCAAAAUUGGACGAACUUCGUUCCUGCCCUCACGAACAACUGGCCAAAAGAUCGGCAAAACUUGCCAAUGACUUCUUUGAAGACCUUGGGAAUGAGAGUGUGCUGUCAGAAAUCCACGACCACCUGUUGAAAACAUAUCAUUUACUUGACCGCGUGAUCAAAGCUCGAAAACUGCAUCAUAGCCACUUCUACGCGCAGGCCAUGGACUACGGCCACCAGAAGUAUCUAGACACACUUUUACAGCAAAAGCUAACUGUUGCCACGGCUUUGGAAAGGGUCACUCGCAGAACCGCAGAGGUUCUCUAUAAGAAACGCAAGUGGUUCCAAUGGACGAUGGAAUGCCAGCAGGAGGAAGAUAAAAUGCGCGAGAAUGAGAGGAGGAAAGUUAAGCGAGAGGCUGCGCUCUUCAGGAGGCAAGUGAAAGAAGUUGAUCGGCGUAUGCGUGAACUACGUCUAAAAGAACAGCAGAAAAAACAAGAUGACUUUCUUCAAAAGGCGUACGAGGAGCGGCUUGCACAAGAUGCAGAAUCCUGGGAUCCGAUUGAAGAUGUACUCGACAAUGAACGUGGCACUUAUGGGAAUGUCGCAGUGCCAGAGGGGCUAGAUAAUGACAAUGAUGUUCAGAGUAAUGUUACAGCUUUACCCUUCACCCAAGAAGACCACGCAGCAACUUCAAAUGAAAUUCCUCUUACUGCCUCUUCUAAGAAUAAAAGGAAAAGCAAAAAACGGAAAGGGACUCCUCCCCCUUCCGGGACGGAGACUAAAUCAACGCUUGGCCAAAAGAGUACUGGAAACUCUGAUCCGAAUGUCGAAAAUAUCGAAACCCGCGAAGAAAUGCGUACUCGACUUAUUGAAGGAGCUAGACUUGAGGGUGCGUCUUUGUUAAUCAAAGGUACACUUGAGAAGCCAGAAAUCACGUCGGAUCGGAUCUGCCCCGUUGCUGCAGACGAAGUUGACCAGCUAUUGGACGAUAUGGUUGAAAUCAAGAACCUCCUUUUCUGUCGAUUGCUACUGGGAAAUUCUAUUCUCUUGCCCAUUGCUUUGCGAGCCUCUACGAUUCACGAUUUUUUAAAUGAUCCUGACUUGGCUAUAAACGACCUCAGGGAUAUAUGUUUGAAACUGGAGCAGCCACAACUACAAGAUAUUCGUGAUGCAUGUGCGGAUUUCGCUCGCGGUAAUGCUGAAAGUGCGGAAGAGUCCGAUUCUAAUGAAGAAGAGGAACCCGAGUCGGAUGACGAAGAUGAUGAUAAUGACUGGGCAGUUCCUCGUUCGCGCCGACGACAUAAUAUCCCUGAUACAUGGCAAUCAAAGAGAGAGAAGAAGAUGUUUGCUAAGCGCGAGAGGCGGAAGGGAACCUUGGAUGCCGGCGGUGCAAGAGAGGGACAAGGCUCAGCAAUUGACUUUGGGAAAUUGGAUGGUGAUGACAGUGGUAUUCAAUGGAAAAUCCGAGUCAAGCUUUGCGGCCGACACAUCUACAGCUAUCCUAGCACCAAGUCCAUGUCCCGCGGAGGUUGGCUUCAAUUUAGUAUCUUUGCAAAGGAUUGCAAUUUAUUUAGAGCCGCGGAACUUUGCAAAUCGUGGGCAGAGUUUUUUGAAUUGAAUACCCUGGCUAGCUAUAACUAUUUCCCGUCGCCGUCGUGGUUACUGUCAACGAGCCAUACCAUGCAAACAGCCUUCCUCUCAAUGGGCUUCAUACCGUUCUACGUCGAAUCCAAAGCAACAAUGCUGACACUUAGUGAAGAGAAGACCACGGGUCGCGGCCGGAAUCAAGCUGUUCGAGAAGGGAGAAACUAUGUAUGCGCUCAAAUGAAACGUAGUAGCUUUAUCACUCGCAGAUUCCUUCAAUAUGUAUCAAUGCAAGCCUCUCGCAUGAUGCUGGUCGUCCGGGAUGGCAAAACUGGCAAAAUCAUCGUGAAGCCCCCAGACAACAACGCCUGGCUCUUCCGCGAAAAGAUUGGCCAUCGGCGGGGUUCUCGGGCUCCGUGGAAUGUAAUCAAGCAAGUCGAUGAGGCAUUUUUCAACGAGAUGGAGAGAAGGCGAGCUUUUCGGCUUGGAUUCCAUGAUUUUUAUGACAUAUAUAUUUGGAGUUCCACACCUGGUGAGCCGUUUGAGGCAUUGCACAGCGGCAUAAUUGAGAUGUUGUACAAGGCGCAUCGUGUCACUCGGCCAGCUGAUAUUCUCGGUGCUUCCGCGCCAUAUUUGAAAACGGUAACCAGAGACCCUGAGACUCAUCGAAUCCGAGACAUCAAGCCGGGAGAGCAGGUAGAAAGUGUGUGUGAUGUGUAUGAGAGAGAGGAUACAAUGUUUCGUUUCCGUACAUCUAAAGGUAAACUCGGAACAGGCCUGCCGAAUCAGGUGAAAUAUAACGAAGCCGACGCAUUGGAGGACGCUAUCCUUUUCUCCGAAGAAUUAACGGGAAAAACUACGUCGAAUCGCUUGAAAACGAUAAGGAACGAAUUGACAGACUUCGAGCAAGGACGGAUCAAAAAUUAUGCUAAUCGUUUUGCCUAUGAUCUCGAUACUGAUGAGGAAUAUAAUUCUGAGGAAUUUAACUCUGAUGAGUAUUAUUCCGACGUGGAAGAGGACGAGUGGGAAGAAUCCGAUUUCUCGGAUAGUAGCUCGCUAAAUCAGAGUGGCGAAAUAAAACUGGAGGAGUCUGAUAAAGCUCAAGACAAAGACGGAGAGAGGGAGGAGGGCCGUGACCUAUCAAACUCUAGCCGAUCCGGUACCAUUGUGGACGAUUUUAUCGAUGCGCUGGAAAAGGCAAAUGACCUUUUGGAAACAUUGGGACCUGGACCAGAGGGUGUUGAUGACAUGCACCUUGAAUUUAUGGAAUUUAUAGACCGUCAUAAAGCCAAAGUUUUCAAGGAAGCCUGGCACCGGGCGGAUCUGGAGCCUAACGGUUUUUCCCAGUGGAAUGAACUCCUCCAAAUCCGUUCCAAAUGUGAGGUAAAUUUUCACUACAUGACAGCAACAGUAGCAAACUGGUGGAAGCCUUUGGUAUUUCUGGACUACCCUCUGGGAACUCAUUCAAGGGUUCGAGGAGAUGCGCGGCGUGCAUGCUUGAUGACGUCAUUGUUUUUCACAGCAGGGAAUGUUUUCUUUGACAAUUGCACAGAGGGGGAUGAAAUUAAAAAAUCUAUGCUUUUCAGACAAGUUGAGCGCGGCAAAACGCUUCCAGAUAGAAGAGGCUAUCAAUGCCCCACAUCCAGAGGCAAUAAAUUUUUCGAAGAGUUGGAUGGAAUUGCAGAGAGAUGCCAGAAAAAUCAGACACAUCUUCUGGACGAGCUUUCUCCGGAAUGGGACGUCGCACUGCGGCCAAAAAUUGCCCACCUUUUCAAGGAGGGCGUCAUCUGCCUAUGCUAUGAGCCGCCGGAGCUGAUCCCAGGCCAAGCAUUCGGCAGCUGUGAGCAGGGCCGUCCUCUCGAUCUCUUCAUCGAUUUCCGCAAGAUGUUGCAUGAAAUUCACAUGCCUCCCGGGCGCGAAGAUCCCUCCAAAAUCUCUAUCUCUUUCUUGCGUAACACCAUUAAAUCCCACGCUGCUUCCCGGCCAAAUGCGCGCUACUCAUUUCUCAGAGUGUGGUCUGGCUCACAUUUCUAUCCUCUGAUGAUUGGCUAUGACAAUCGCCUCUGGACCUCGUUCAUCGAUGAGAUAGGACGUGCGUGGUCCUGGCGCUUUAUUCCAAAAGAUAUGCCAUUCUCUGACUGGAGUAUGCAUAACAACCUUCAGCAGCGGCUUGAUCCCUACAAGAAAGUUCUACGAGACAAAGUUGUGAUUAAACGGGAUAUGAUACUUAUACUUGCGGAGGAUGAGGAAGAACUGCUCUUGCUGACGUCGGCAGUAACUUUUGCUGUGCAAACUCAGCCUUGGAGACUAGAAGUGGAUUAUUGGAAGAGCUUUAUCAAUGUUGAUAGCGCCUUUUUGAAUGAACUGCAAGGCGGAUGGUAUGAUUGA